AUGAACGCACUAAUCGGCGAGCUCAGCAGUCAGCAUGUCGGUUGUCAUGUGGAUGGCGUGUGUGUGAACAACCUUAGCUACGCGGACGACAUGGUGCUGUUGAGCGCGUCAGUGUGUGGUCUUAGAAGGUUGUUAAGAAUCUGUGAGGAGUACGCCAUGAGCCACGGCUUGAAAUAUAACGUUACUAAGAGCCAAUGUAUGGUCUUUGAGGCCGGCAGUAAUCGACCAUUGCAUGUACCUGAGGUAACUCUGUAUGGAACACCACUAGAAAGGGUAAAGAGUUUUAAAUAUUUAGGGCACAUUGUUACUGUCGACCUGAAAGAUAACGUUGAUAUUGAACGGGAGCGGAGGGCAUUGUGUGUAAGGGCGAACAUGUUGGCUCGCAGGUUUGCUCGGUGUUCCAGCGACGUGAAGUUGACGCUGUUCAAAGCCUACUGCACGUCGCUGUACACAUGCAGCCUGUGGGCUAAUUACACGCAAAAAGCAUACAGUGCACUCCGCGUCCAAUACAAUAACGCGUUCCGGGCAGUGAUGGGGCUGCCUCGCUACUGUAGCGCCUCGGGCAUGUUCGCGGCGGCGCACACGGCGUGUUUUCAUACUACGAUGCGACUGCGCGCCGCGUCCUUGGUCCAGCGGGUGCGAGCCUGCCCCAACACAGUCCUAGCGAUGAUCGCGGACAGACUGGACUGUCCUUACAUCAUGCACUGCUGUGACAGGCAUGUAAUUAAGACUGGGAUAGGAUAG